ACUGCCCCUCACUGUCCCCUUGAUCACUGUCCCUCACUGUCCCCUCACUGUCCCUCACUGCCCCUCAGUGUCCCCUUGCUCACUGUCCCCUUGCUCACUGUCCCUCACUCACUGUCCCCUCACUCACUUGCCCCUCACUGUCCCCUUGCUCACUGUCCCCUCACUGUCCCUCACUCACAGUCCCUCACUCACUGUCCCUUCACUCACUGUCCCCUUACUGCCCCUCACUGUCCCCUUGCUCACUGUCCCUCUCUCACUGUCCCCUCCAUCACUGUCCCUCACUCACUGUCCCCUUGCUCACUGUCCCUCACUGUCCCUCACUCACUGUCCACUCGCUCACUGUCCCCUUGCUCACUGUCCCCUCGCUCACUGUCCCUCACUCUCUGUCCCCUCACUGCCCCUCACUGUCCCUCACUCACUGUCCCCUCACUCACUGCCCCUCACUGUCCCCUUGCUCACUGUCCCUCACUCACUGUCACUCACUGUCCCUCACUGUCACCUCGCUCACUGUCCCCUCAUUGUUCCCUCACUCAUUGUCUCUCACUGUCCCUCACUAUCCCCUCACUCACUGUCCCUCACUCACUGUCCCCUCACUCAUUGUCCCCUCACUGUCCCUCACUGCCCCCUCACUUACUGUCCCCUCACUGUCCCUCACUCACUGUCCUUCACUGCCCCCUCACUGUCCCUUACGGUCCCCUCACUCACUGUCCCCUCUCUCAGUGUCCCUCUCUCACUGCCCCUCACUCACUGUCCCCUCACUCACUGUCCCUCACUGUCCCUCACUGUCCCCUCACUGUCCCCUCACUGUCCCCUCACUCACUGUCCCCUCUCUCACUGUCCAUCACUCACUGUCCCUCACUGUCCCCUCACUGUCCCUCACUCACUGCCCCCUUGCUCACACGUGUCUGUCCCACAGUGUCCUCGUCCCUGGCAUGUACAACGUGGCACUGCUUGAUGGGGUCAUUGCUUGUGAACAUCUGAGUUAGUGUGCCUCAGGGUCUCAAGACCUGGGAGGCUCUACAAAGUACCAUAAUCAAUGCCACCACAGCUGGUUGGGGAGAAGGAGGGGACCCUCGAUGUGGGGUACAGCCACCCUGGGGUUCUUCAUAUCUGUGUGCCCUGUCUGACCUCUAGUCUCUGCCCUCUUCUGUUUCCCGGAUCCCCCUUCUCUCCCUGUUAGGCCUCAUGGGGGAGGAACAAGGUGAGGCGGAGGCAGAUCCCAGCCCAGUGGCCCAUCAGCCCACCCACCCUCUGCACUGGGAGCCAGACGGCCAAAGUGGGAAAGGUCCCCCUUCCUCUCCCCAGGUGGCUUUCACCUGCUGGGGAAGUCCUGACACCUGUACAGACCCUGGUGACACUGAGGGGACAGCGCCCCAUCUUACCUGGGUGGAGCAAUCAGGUACCAGCCAGAAAGUGUCGGUCAUGAUAACCUGAGCUCAAGUUAGCCCAGGGCCCAGCAGCCUCUGUGGUCCUGGACAGCGUGGCUGCCUCGGCACAGCCUGGCGCAGAGUUGGGAAAUGCCCACCCACAUGACUGCAGCCAUCCGGGGCAGCGACUUUGCUCCCCGUACCUUGGUUUCCUUAUCUGUAGCCCCCGCCCUGCACGCUUGUCACCAAGGUUAGUCACGUGCCACAUGCAGGGCAGCGUCUGCGUAGGGUACUUGCUUGACACCUGCUGGGCGCCAUGUUGUCACUGUUUUCCUUCUG